AUGGCUGCGGCGUUGGUGCAGCCAAGGAUGACUUGUUUCCGGGCCGACAGAGAAGGCCAAGUCAGCCCUGCGAACUUGGAAGGCCGACCAGCUAUGAGUGCUGCUCUCGCAGCCAUGACGCGAGAUGACUGUUUGAUUUUGAGGUGGGCCCGUGGUUUCAACUUGGAGGACGAGAUUGACCAUGGCCCAGGAGAAUGUGUCAUGUUGCUUGGGUCUGCAGAAGGAGGCGAGCCGCUUGAAAACAGAGUCACGAUCCUGUUCCUGGAUCGUGCAGCCAUCGUGGAGGAGAACUUGGCUGCCAAGAUUCCUUUUCACACCAUCUCCCAUUUCCAAAAUCCGCCGCCAGCGACCGAGAUGAUGAUGAUCGGCGGGUUGCCCGAUGUGAGGACAUCGGUCAAUGUGACCACAAGCCAGAAUGGAGUGCCCUUUGAGUCUGAAUGCAAUUGCGUGAUCUUCAAAGGAUCCUCAGGGGUACAACGCGGAGAUGAGCCGAAAGUCAGCACGGUCACUUUCAAGGGACCUGAUGGUGAAGACCACCCUGCGCUGCAGGUUUGCGUUAGUCUUGAGAAGUAUAGCUUGCUGAGGCACAUUGUGGCCAUGUGA